AUGGGAGAUAACAACUUGAUCAUUCCUCUUUUGGCUUAUCCGGCCAUUGAGAACCUCCAAAUUCCGAAAAACAUUCAUCUUCCUCCAACUGAAGUUGGACAAACGGAUCGACUUUUAGAGCAGUCUCCUGACUUCUCCGUCAGUUCUCUCGACUUAGAAGUCCUGGCUGGCGAGGUUUCACUCGCCGAGGCCGAGCGUACACGUGCCCUGAGAGCCGGUACUAUGAGGGCCAUGAAGGAAUACCAAAGACGAAGAGCCAAACAGCUCACUUUAAAGGAGAUCCCGGCCGUCGAGCCGCACGGCGUGCUAUCCAUUACCCUGAUCCCUGCGUUCCCUCCCGAGGAGCAUUUGUUUAUUAGGCGCGUUGUCAUGGGAUAA